CCCCCUGAAGGGUUGACAAUGAGCAUCCCAGUGGCUCCUAAGAAAUCAUGUUACACUCAGUUGCAGGAUAACAGAAAUGGAGUCAAAAAUAAUAAUGAGAGUAUCCUAAGUCUGGGAGAUACAAAUGCCAACCAGAUCAUGCUGGGGGUCAGCUCCUCUCUUGAUGAGUCUAAGGAAUGUGACCUGGUAGGUGAAAUUGGAAAUGCAAAUUCAAGUGAGCCAGAAAACCGUACUCAUUUCCGUAAGGAGUUUCACCAAUUUCAGGGCUUUGGGAAGGAAUCUCAAGCUGGCUCCACCAGCCUGAAAGAGUCUAGACUUUCUUUAACUGUUCCUAGGGAACGCAAUGAAGAGCACACACUGGAGAGAGGCACAGGUGUCCUGCAGUCCCCUCGGGGUGUUCAGGGGCCAAGUCUGCUGACCUGGAGGAACGUGAUGGGUGAGGCCAGUCCAGAGGUUUGGCCUAAAAGGGAUGCUGAAAUUCCCCGGCAUGUUCCCAAGGACAAAUUUGCAAAGACCCUUGAUAAUGAGGAGCUGAGGAGGCAUUCCUUGGAAAGAACAAGUGGCUGUGCCCUUCCAGCUGGGAGCCUGACUGUGCAGCACCCACAGCCUGCUCCCCUGGGUCCCCCAGAAGCACGGUGCCCUGUGCCUGGGGCUGAGGGGCCACAGAAGACACUGACUGACCCCUCUCUAGGGGCAGGUUUCCCUCCCUCUGACAGUACUUCACAGGGAACAAGUGUGAGUCUUCCUAAACCAUCUACCUCAGAAACCAAGGAGACCACCCCCUCAGAGGCCCAGAUGGAGGAGGGACGUGGCCUGGGCGUUUGCUGUGAGCACACAUCACAUUCUACCCAGCCGGCACCUGCUCAGAAUUUGACUUUGGCAUCAAAGGAAAUCCUGAGUAAGCCAGAAGCACAAUUAGGUCAGGAAAAGAGAGAGCCCGAGCUAGAGCUGGAACAUGUUCACCCCAGGGCUGUGUCGGAGUUACAGUCCCAGGAAGGGGACCUGGGGGACCACGAGGAAGAGAGUCCAGCAGGCCCAGAGAGAAAGGAGCCGCAUGUGGAGGCACACGAAGGAGCCACCAGCACGGCUGGGUGUCGGCGCAAUGGUAGCCGCCCCUACCGUGGGGUGGGGAGAAGCAACAAUGAAGGGGAGAAGACAGGAGCCAGCCCGGGGGAGGAGGAUUCUCUCCACACCACCCCCAGACAGGAGCCUGCUUCCUUGGGAGUGGCUGAUAAUCUGGCCUCUGACAAAGUUUCACCAUGUGCAGGUAGGAAGCUGGGUGAAAUGACAUUCAGCAACUUUUUACCAGGUGACAUGACUCUUAUUCCUAGUGAUCCGACUGACAACAAGCCCUCAGCGGUCCCCGAGGAGGAAGAGCAACAGGGCAGUGGGAAUGAGGACAGUGCUCUGGGUUUGGCUUCAGAUCCUUCUGUUGAAGGGAGAAAAACUGAGGUCCAUGGGCCCCGGCACCUUCAGAGCAGUAGCUCAGAAGCAGGAGAAAGUGAAGGUGUCGCUACACUUGUUGCUGAAAGUAGGAACUUUCUGGAAAAUGCAGCUAAGAUGGAAAGCGCCCCCGUGAGAGCAGAUUCCAUUCUCAAUGUCCCAGAGCCCCUCCACCCAGAGACAACUGUGAACACAAGCCACCAGCCUACAACACCUAGUAGCAAUUUUCAGGACGUCAGCAUGUUCAGUGAGGCAGGCGCAGGGUCACCCUCGGCGGUCCCCGCCCCCCGCUACAAUGUGCGACUGCUGAACACGUCCCCCAAAGUGCCUGACAAGAACACUUGCCCCAGUGGGAUCCCCAAACCUGUCUUCACACAUUCCAAGGAUGCACCUCCCUCGCAGGAGGGAAUGGAGAACCUUCAGGCUGAGAAAGCGGAGGAGAGGACAGAAACCAAGCCCAUCGUUAUGCCCAAGCCCAAGCAUGUGAGGCCCAAGAUCAUCACCUACAUCAGAAGGAAUCCGCAAGCCCUGGGCCACGUGGACACGUCGCUGGUUCCUGUGGGGCUGCCGUAUGCGCCACCCGCGUGUAGCAUGCCUCUUCCUCCAGAGGAGAAGGUGGCAAGUGGGGACCUUAAGCCAUCUGCCAACCUCUAUGAGAAAUUCAAACCAGACUUGCAGAAACCCAGGGUCUUCAGUUCAGGAUUGAUGGUGUCUGGGAUCAAGCCCCCAGGACAUCAUUUCAGUCAAAUGAGUGAAAAGUUUUUGCAGGAGGUUACAGACCACCCUGGAAAAGAAGAAUUUUGUUCUCCUCCCUAUGCUCACUACGAAGUCCCUCCAACUUUCUAUCGGUCGGCCAUGCUCCUUAAACCCCAGUUGGGCCUGGGGGCAAUGUCCCGUUUACCAUCUGCAAAGAGCAGGAUUCUGAUCGCAAGUCAGAGGUCUUCAGCGAGUGCCAUCCACCCACCAGGACCCAUAACAACAGCUGCCAGUCUCUACAAUUCUGAUCCUUCAGCAGAUUUAAAGAAAGCCUCCAGUUCAAAUGCUGUAAAAUCUAGUCUACCAAAAUCUGGGCUUCGACCUCCUGGAUACUCACGUCUCCCAGCAGCCAAGCUGGCGGCCUUUGGCUUUGUCCGGAGCUCCAGCGUCUCCUCGGUCUCCAGCACCCAGUCCGCGGACAGCGCUCCGCCCGAGCAGAGCCGACAGGCCACCCGUUCAACCUUCGGGAAUGAAGAACAGCCGGUUCUGAAGGCAGCACUGCCUUCUAAAGACACACCCAAGGGAGCUGGCCGUGCAGCCCCACUGGCAUCCUCUAGUGUGACAGCGCCCCGGAGGAGUUUACUUCCAGCACCAAAAUCCACUUCCACACCUGCCGGAACAAAGAAAGAAGCACAGAAAGAUCAAGAUACGAAUAAACCUGCUAUCUCAUCUCCUAAGAGAGUGGCAACCUCAACCACCAAGCUCCAUUCACCAGGGAGCUCUACCUCAGAACAUCAGUUGUUUGGUGGCCCUAGGAGCAGAGAAAUGAAUGUACUGUGGUUCUGUCGAACCCUGGAAUCUGAAGUGUGCGAGUGGAGGCAACAUAACAGUGACACCAACAUCAAACGGCUGAAGGAGCGGUGCGAGCGGCAGGCCCGGCAGCUGGGCCUGGUGCGCGGAGAGCUGCGGAGAGCCAUCUGCGGCUUCGACGCCCUGGCCGUGGCCACUCAGCAUUUCUUUGGAAAGAAUGAAAGUGCCCUUGUGAAAGAAAAAGAGCUGUCACUCGAACUUGCAAACAUCAGGGAUGAAGUUGCCUUCCAUACAGCAAAGUGUGAGAAGCUUCAGAAGGAGAAGGAGGAGCUGGAGAGGCGCUUCGAAGACGAGGUGAGGCGGCUGGGCUGGCAGCAGCAGGCCCAGCUCCAGGAGCUGGAGGAGCGGCUGCAGCUGCAAUUCGAGGCGGAGGCGGCGCGCCUGCAAGAGGAGCACCACGGCCAGCUGCUGAGGAUCCGGUGUCAGCACCAGGAGCAGGUGGAAGAUAUCACAGCCAGCCAUGAGGCUGCUCUCCUAGAGAUGGAGAACAACCACACAGUCGCCAUCGCCAUCCUGCAGGAUGACCAGGACCACAAAGUCCAAGAAUUGAUGUCUACCCAUGAACUUGAAAAGAAAGAAUUGGAAGAAAAUUUUGAAAAACUGCGGCUGUCAUUACAGGACCAGGUGGACACGCUGACCUUCCAGAGCCAGUCUUUGCGGGACAGAGCCUGGCGCUUCGAGGAGGCUUUGAGGAAAAAUACUGAAGAGCAGCUGGAGGUUGCAUUGGCUCCUUAUCAGCACUUGGAAGAAGACAUGAAGAGCCUGAAGCAGGUGUUAGAGAUGAAGAAUCAGCAGAUACACCAGCAAGAAAAGAAGAUUAUUGAGUUGGAAAAGCUGGUGGAAAAGAACAUUAUCCUGGAAGAAAAGAUCCAAGUUCUCCAACAGCAGAAUGAAGACCUCAAAGCAAGGAUUGACCAAAACACAGUUGUCACCAGACAACUGUCAGAGGAAAAUGCGAAUCUCCAGGAGUACGUUGAGAAAGAAACCCAGGAGAAGAAGAGAUUGAGCCGAACCAACGAAGAGCUGCUUUGGAAGCUCCAAACUGGGGACCCAACCAGCCCUGUUAAACUCUCCCCCACGUCCCCUGUUUACCGCGGCUCCUCCUCAGGACCUUCCUCUCCAGCCAGAGUCAGUACUACACCCAGAUGACGUUGCCAGGCCGCCCCACGGAAGCUCCGGCCUCCAGCGUUUCCACCCCGAGAGAGCACUCACCAGGUGCCGCCGGAGCUGGCCCUGUGCGCAUGCGCAGCCGCUGCAUCGCGCGCCCCUGGCAGCGUCCUGCUCUGAUCCCUGUGAGACUGUCCUGGUAUGGGCACUUAGGAAAGUGUAAACGGUAGAGUCUGAUGUGCAAACGUUUUACCAUAGUUAGAGCCAAAAGAAAGACAUUUCCAAUUGUUCUUGAGCAAUGAACUUUCACUGCAGAAUUUCUGAUUAGCUGCAAAUAGCUCAGUUUUCAAUAUACAUUGAAUAAUCAUUGUGUACUGCACCGAU